AUGCUGCAGCGGGAGCUCGCGCGGCGCAAGGAGGCAGCCGACGCCGAGGCCGAUCGCCGCUUGCACACAGAAGCCAUGGACAAGGCCGAGCUCAAUGAACCAGAACCUCUGCGCAGCUACCACAGCGCCCUGACGAAAGCCGUGUUGGACGAGGCACAGAGAAACCGGAUCCUCAAGGAACAGCUUCAGCUCCAGCAGACGCGCGACCUUUUGGCCGAGCAAGUGGAGCUCGAGAAAUUGCGGGAGGCCGAACUGAAGCGACAGCUUGGCCGCGCCUCGGACGAGACAGACGACUGGGCCGAAGGCGACCUCAAGUCGCUGGACGAAGAAAGUGCAGAAGCGCGACAGAAAACCCUCGAGCUCGCAAAGGGCGCAGCGAUGCCGCUCGAUCCGAAGCUCGGCGCCAUCCGAAGCAAAAUGCAGGAGGAGCACGAACGCAAUCUGGAAAAGAUGCGGGGCGACGCUGACGAACAGGCUCGAAAUGGCAGCGACGGGGAUGUCCACGCGGACGAGGCCAAGGACUCUUUGGAAACCGACACCAAGAAGAAACCCAAGACCGGGUUAUUUGGGCGACUUGCAAAAUUUGUCGGCUUCGCCUUCCACAAAAUCAGUUCCCGCUUCUCCGCCGCGACGGUCGAUGAGGCAGUCGCGAAAGUUACGAGCCGCGAAGAGCUCGCGGUUGAGUAUCUGCGGUGUCUGAACGUCGGAGACGCACGCACCAACUUUCGGCGGGGCGAGGCGUUCUGCCGCACCAUCAGCGACGACUCGCACCGGAAGUUUUGCGGCACUCUCGUGCAGAUGGCGAUGCAAAUCCUUCGGCAAAUUCAGCUGUGUCAGCGCGACCGACGUGGCACCCAGCGGAGAGCCUGCUUCUUCAAGGUGAAAGCCCCUCUAAUGCACCCGACCCUCGUUGAGAUUGGGUCCAAUUUGCACGAGGAGUACAUCGAGGGCUUCAUGACGCGUGCGCCGGACUUCCGCGUGGUUCCUGACUCCGUGGUCUCUCAAAUCCACCACCACUUUCGCCAGCUGAACUGGCGAGAGAUUCUUCUCCAUUCGUUUGACGUCGUCGCCAUUUCGGCCAGCAAUCGGCUAUGGCAUCAGACGUACGCCUCGCUGCACGCGCUCUCGAGCAGUCGCCUCGUCGAAAAACAGAGAGCGGAGGCGCGGCAACACCGAGCGUUUCGUUUUCACCGGCGGCAGCAGGCAAUCUUGGAAAUGACGCCGCACCCUGAUCCGCUCCUGGUCGGGAUUUUGCACGAGUUGGUGUUUCGAGGGAAUGUGUGUCAACACAAGAGCGACUAUAAGACUCGGAUCAUUCGCGAAGUGGGCGGGAAGCGCGUUGUGACGACCGUCAAGGAGCAGACGAAGCUCGCCUUCAUUCACUGGAUCCAGUCGCUGUACUCUGUGGAGGAAUGCAUGCACCCACCGUUUCUGCGGCCUUCCGAGCGCGGGCCCGAAGACGAGGAUCUCGCGAGACAGGCGACGGCGGGGCCUGUCCCGCCGUCGCUCUUGAGCGGUCCGCCGGCCGAGAACGCGGACGAGAAACUCUUUCACAUGGCACCGAGCCCCAUUCAGGUCCAGAACUGUGAACUGGUGAGAACGCUCUUUCGCCUCAGCUUUGACAAAAGCGCAGACGAGACGAAUCUCGCACGCACGCGCUCCGAGAGCAUCGGCGACGAGUCUGCCGACGGCGAGUCCGUGAACGACGCGGCCAGCGAGAACAGCGAACCCAGUUUGGAAGGUGACGAGCCGCCGAAACCCCAGGAAGAGGAAGAGACUCUCGCGGUGCCGCUCACCGAAGAGCAGCGCAUCGCGCGACGCGCAUUUGUCCAGUCACUCAACACCGUCGUCUCCUCAACGGCCACCCUCUCGGCCUCGAUUUUGUUGAACAAGACCGGGAAGGGGUACAAGGUGUUGGAGUUUGUUGUGCGGUCGCGCUUUGUCGCCCGCUUGUUGGCGAGUUUUGCUUUCAAGCUGGUCGUGCAUCUGUUUAGCGAGACGUACGAUUUCUCGGCAGUCUCCGCGGAGCUUGACCACGUCGACAAGUACCCCCGCGUGAGGAGUCGGCAGGAAACGGAUUGGUGGCAGGUGGUUGCCAAGACUGUGCACAAUGGGGCGUUGCCGCUGCAGAUGAGCGACGUUUUUGCCUCGUCCUACGUCCAGAGCUUAGGCGCGACGGUGGAGAUCCUCACAGGGAAACGAAACGUCGCAGCCUUUGCCACGCAGGUGCUGGUGACCGCUCUGAGGCGGCGUCGACAACUGUGGAAACGGAUGGGCCAGAGCGGCUACGGGAAGACGAGAGACGGCGACCUAGACAGACGCCUCGGCGAGGAAAGCGAAUCUGCUUCGUCGCCAGGUAUCGGAAGAAGCAUCAGCCGAUCACGGAGUGUGCUCAAAAUCUUCGGGGCUGUGACUUCCGCCAUCCUGUGCUCGUUACUCAUCAUCUCCGCAGGAGCGUGGGCCAUCCCGCUCCUCAUAGCCGCCGCCAUUGUCGCGGUCACCUUCCUCUUCCCUGGACAGCCCACGUAA